AUGUUGUGUUUUCUGAAUCCAGUUUUACUAAAAUUUAUUACUGUCAGUUAUAAUAAUCCAAAUAAGUAUAGUAUUACUCCUAUUAAUGACGGAUAUAUUUUUCUAUUUGACAUGGAUGGAACACUGUACAAAAGUACGGAAGAAAUGAAGACUUUUGACUUACAACGCUGGGAAAGAGUUUAUAAUCAAUUAAAAGUUAGAAAUAAAAAUGCUCCACCAUUUGAAGAAUUAAAAGAUAGAAAUUUAUUGAACACUGAAACGUUUGUUAAGUAUUUUAAAACAAUACCACGAGAUUUAGAAAAAACAAAAGGGUCUGCAGAUUACAAUCGUUUUUUAAAGGAAGACACGAAACUUAAAAAAUGUUUAGAGAGUAUUCCAGUAAGAAAAUGGUGUUUUACUAAUGCAAUGGAAUAUAGGGCGAAAAAAGUACUUAAUUGUUUGGAUCUAACAGAUACAUUUGAAGGUGUGAUAUGCAGAGAUAAUAAGUGUUUUUAUGGUACAGUUAUGAGGAAGCCACAAGAGCAGGUGUAUAAAUUUGUAGAAGAGCUAUUACAGAUAAAAGAUAAAAGGAAAGUUUUUUUUUUUGAUGACAAUAUUGAGAAUAUUGAUACAGGAUGUAAAAUGGGCUGGAGAUGUUUUCAUAUUACUCCAGAUACAGAUUUAGUAGGCAUUCUAAAAAAUAUUAAACAAGAAAUGGGAGUAAAAUUUAUUAUUUAA